AUAUAGCGCAGCCGAAAUGCGCGCGCAGCCAACCGUGCGCCGCCAAUAACUCGCAGUCGCAAAACGCGGCUAGCGCGCGCCCAUUAUCGACGCGCGGCAAUACAUGCAUACGCCCGAUUGAAAUUUUGUGUAAAAUUGUGAUCAAAAUUCUGUAUAACUAUAUUAUAUAUAUAAAAGUGAUAUAAAUAUCCACUUGUGUCCACUUCAAUAUUACGGGAUUAACAACAGAGGUGAAGGCGCAUCAUGGACGAAUGUAUAGUCUGCUGUGGGCGGUGAGGCGGCAUGUGGGCGCGAGCGGCGCGGUUUCUGAGGCGAGUGGCGCUCCUAGUGCCGCUGGCGUUGACGGCACUAGCGCUACUGCUGCUGCCGCGCCCGCAACCAUUCAGCGCACCGAGACUGCCCUCGCCGCCGCCGCCGAAAGAAGACUUGCGUCAGAACUUGAUAACAGAAAAUGAAAUCAAUUUAAAUCAAGACGUGGAUGACGGUUCUCAGAAGCAAUGGUUUAUGAGCGGCGGCGAACACCGACCUUGGAAACACGACCCACAUGCCAAACUCUUCCCCGAAGAUGCACCUGAUAAUGACAGAAUCGUCGAGCAGUUGAUGUAUGCAUUGCCAAAUGAAGAAGAUAUACCCUUGAAGAAGAUUCUGCUAGCUAAUGGUUUAGGUACGUGGGGGGUGACUGGGGGUCGCACUGAGUUCAAACGUAAUAAAUGUCCGGUCGAUCGAUGUACGCUGACAGCUGACACCAGAGAAGCUGAAACAGCAGAUGCCAUACUCUUCAAAGACCAUCACACGCCAUUCAAUGUGAAACGACCUCACAGUCAGAUAUGGAUCCUCUAUUACUUGGAGUGUCCUUACCACACGGCAUCGUUACGACCUACGUCGCUCGAUGUGUUCAACUGGACAGCGACCUACAGACGCGACUCUGACAUAGUGGCGCCGUACGAGAGAUGGGUCUAUUACGACCCACUGGUCACCGAGAGAGAACUUGAUAGAAACUAUGCAGCCAAUAAGACCAAAAAGGUAGCGUGGUUUGUAUCCAACUGCCACGCUCGUAACAGUAGGCUUCAGUACGCUAGGCAGCUAGCUAAGUUCAUCCCUGUAGACAUAUACGGUGCUUGCGGCUCUCACCACUGUCCGCGAGCUGACCCCAACUGUUUGGAGAUGCUCGAUAAAGAGUACAAAUUCUAUUUGGCGUUCGAGAACUCAAAUUGCAGGGAUUACGUCACCGAGAAGUUUUUCGUCAACGGAUUACAACACGACGUGUUACCGAUAGUGAUGGGCGCGAGACCGUCUGAAUACGCUGCAGUAGCUCCUCACAACUCCUACUUACACGUAGAAGAGUUCGCUGGGCCCGAGGAGCUCGCGAACUACUUGCGGAGAUUGGACGAGGACGACAAUAUGUACAAUUCGUACUUCAAAUGGAAGGGUACUGGAGAAUUCAUUAAUACCUAUUUUUUCUGCCGAGUGUGUGCUAUGGUUCAUGCAAAUGCUCGCAGACAGCGCAAUGCACAUUAUACCGAUGUGCAAGCUUGGUGGCGAGAAGGCGCUUGCACGCGCACCGACUGGCGGCCACGCGACCCACCAUAGACAAUAUAACAGAUUAUAUGUAGAAAAAAAAAAUACGAUAUGGAAGUUAAAAUGAGGCUCUAUAUCACCACAUAUUAAGGCCAGUGCUGAAAAACAUUUGUAACAUUAAUUAAGACAUCACAAGCUUGAUAGUCCAUUAAUUAUCCAAUGUUAUACAAAUUUUCGUUUCCAUGCGACCAAGGGGGACAUUCAGAGUUAAAUUUAGAUAUUUUAUUUUUAUACUAUCUAUAUAUUUAUGAGAAUUAAAAUAACAUUCCAUUAUUUCAUAUUAAUUUUUUCUUGUUAUAACAAACCUUUUUAGAGCAUUCCAUUGAUCGGAUAUAAGGGAAUUCCUGUCCGCGUCCAUAUUAUAUCCUAAACACCAAACUAGUAUUCUUUGUGUAGUUAAAACAUCGCUGUAUGUAAAAUAUUUAAUAAGUUACCGCGACGAGUAUUCGUAAAUUAUGCAUAUGAGAAGUUCUAUGUUGAAUAGAAAGAAAAAAAAAUACAAUCAAUUUAUUAGUCAGUCGAUGGCUUAACAAAGCACAAAAUAGUUGUGAACGAGACCUCAUUAUGAAAAAAAAAAACACAAAUUUUAGAUACGUAUGUAUGUCAUGUUAUUUUUUAUGUUAUAUUUUCGUCCUAGGAUAAAUAUUUUAUAGUGAAGUAUUUAAAUGAAGUUGUUUAUAGUCUGUUAAAUCGCGUUACUAAUAAGUAUUAAUUAUUAAUUAUUUUUUUUUUGUUGUAAAAUAUUUACUUUUAAGAUGUAAUUUUUAGAAUCGAUAACGUUAUUACGUAUUUGAUAUAUUAUAAUUUAUAAUCAUAUGUUUAGAUUUUUUCACAGGGAAUACGUUUUUCAAUCCUCAUAUAGAUGGUAUAUGGUAAGAAAUAUAUUACUUUUCUUUUUUCUUCAGUCUGUUCUUAAACGUUAUGUUGAUUAUUGUAUGAGAAUUGGGAUAAUUUUUUUUGAAGUAUUAUCAAGAAAUAUGUUAGGAAAGUUUUCUUGAAAAAAAAAUUACAAUAAAUUAAUAUUUAUUAUUGCUCACUACAGUAAACCUGCUACAUUCAUCUCAAUAUUUUAUGAAUCCUAAAUCAUUAUUAUUUGUUUAUUAUUUUACUAUUCAAGUAUAAGUUUUUGAACGUUUUAUUAAAAAAAUGAGGGAAACGUGCAAUUUUUUCAAGGAUAUUCAUCACAAGUAAGUAAAAUUUAAUGAAAUACCAUUUUUUACGCUGACUUUUUUCAAUAACGAGCAAUAAAAUGAUAUAAAACUAAAAAAAAAAUAAUACCAAUAAAAUGAUAUAGAAAAUUAUCUAACUUCUGUAUGCAUAUUCCUUACUUUAUAUAUACAUUUUUCAAUACUUUAAAUUAACAUUUAUUUACUAUAUGCUUGUAUAUUAAUACUUUUUUCUAUUGUAUUCUUAUUGUAUUAAGGCGCACAUUAAUUCUUAUAUGUUACCUGUGCUGUGAAUUCCGAUAACUUAAUAAUAAAUUUUACAUUUUACUACACUUUCUCAUUAACGUUUUUAAGCUUUUUAAGUUAAUUUCAGUAAUUAAAAUUUUAUUAUAAUUUGAAGAAAUUUAUAAGUGCUUAAAAAAAUUUAAACUAACGUUUUCAUUAUUAUGUUACGUUCAGAAAUCAUCGAAUAUAUUGAUAUCGCUGGCGAAUAAUACGUAUUUUUUUAUGAAGAAUUUGACUCAAAACGCCUUAAUUUUCAAAACUGUGACAUAUUGUAAUCUAUAUGUUCGAAGAACUGUCUAUGCAAACAAAAAAGUUUUUACAAAGAACAAAACGGUUUCUAUAUUUGAAAACUGAUUAAGGAAAUAUCUCUGGUCCUUUGGGGCGAAAUAAAAAAUAGUUGUUUAUUGUAUAGCUUAUUAUUUUUUAUUUUUGUCGAAACAACAUUAUUCAUAGCUAAAUGAAAAUAUUUUCGCCCAAAACAAAGACACUAAUAAUAUUAUUUUUAACAAAGAAAAAUCUCUCAAAUUAUCAUGAAAGUGUUUUAGAGAACUUCAUUAGAAUAACAGCUUUAGUUGCUUAGUUUUUAUAUGUAACUUUUUUUAUCAAAUAGUAUAAUUAGAGAUGGAUGAUUCUUUCUUAUUUAUUAGUAAAAAAAAAUAUAUAUCUUUCGAUAACUGCGAUAAUCUUGAUAUUUGUUGCUCUUGAUUCUGUUUGUCAAUAAUAAGUGAUAAGGAAAUCUCCUAAAAGGACGUUAAAAGAUUUGUUCAUAGAUCUCUGGCUCUAUUUCGGAAAUAAUAAGACAAUUCCAACCAGGAACUCAGUUCAGUUUCUUACCAAAAUCUCAUGAAAGUGAGCUAUAGACCUGGCAAUAAUCGUCACCCUAUCUCACGUGUGUAUUUCAUCUACGAUUCCUAAUGUCACCAAUCUGUAACUGCAACCUAUUUCUCGUGGAAUGUAAAGCCAGAGACUUAAGUCACAAUUGAAGUAACUCAUUUUUCAUAUAUCCAAUCGCGUAUAACAUGUGGCAGAGCAAAUUUUACAGCUGUCAUUUCGAAAAUUACCCAAAAAAAGUAAUUGUCAUUUUGAUUUCGAAUAUUAUCAAUUAAAAAUUAAAAGACCCGGUAGUUAUGACGGUACAUUUGAAAUAAAAAAAUAAAUGAUAUGGGCAAAUUUCAUUAGAAUUCCACUUAAAUUAAAUCGUUUUCACUCUUAAAUCGUGAGCGAUACAAUUAUAAUCUAUGAUUAAUCAUUAAAAACUUCUUUUUGACUGAAGCUCUGUACGGUCUGACACAUACAUAGUUAAUACUCGAUAAUUCAAAGAAUAAACAUGUAGUGUAAACAUCGGACGUUUAUUAAUAUUCAUGCCAAUUAAAAGCGACAAAAACGUUAAUGUGAAAAAAGAACUUAACUCAAAACAGACUGCUUAAAUUGUAAAUGAAAUGUACUUAAAAUUAUUUUUACAAGUAAAGACAAUGUGAAAAGAAGUUAAUUCUCUAUGGAUUUGACUGUCGUGGAAGAUUAUUUUUAAUUUUUUCAAAAUAGGUAUAGUUUUUAGAUAUUUAAGUCGUAUAAUUUUUUUUUUUAAUCAAAUUUUUAAUUGUUUCUUAAUAUAAAUAUUGCCAAUUAGCUCAUGUGUCUAGUCAUUGAGCCAAUAUUUAUGGGCACAAAUAUUAUUUAUGUGCACUUGUAUUGUUAUUAUUUAAAAAAUAUAGCACAAAGUGUUGGGUAUAAUUUGAUUUUUUACCAUUUUGCAUUUUUAAAUUUAUUUUUAAGCUUCUAUAAGAAGGUUUUAUGUUAAUUACUGUAUUAUUAUUAUAGGUAAUUCUUUAUUGUCUAAUCAUUUAGCGUUUUAAGUGACAAAACAUUAAUUAAUGAAAUGAAAAUAAAAACUUCUAGGAUACCUGUUUGAAAUAAAAGUAUUUUUUUUUUUAAUUAUUAUCAAUUGUUUUUAAUAUAUUAACUUUUUAUUUCACUGACAUAUUAAAAAUGUGGCCUUUAUUAUUUUCGUCACAUAACAUGGUUAUGUACUGUAUUAUAUGUUAAAAUAAAAAGAAAUUUGUUUUCAAAUGUAUUUAUUUAAAUUUAACUGGGAUUCAGAAAUAAAUUAAACAGAAUUAUAUGCCUUAAAUGUUAACACCAUUACACAUAAAGAUAUAUAAAGAUCUACAACUUAUUCAAGUACAUCUAUACUGUUAAUUUAUUAAAAUAUAAAUUAAAAAAAAAUAUUUUUUUAUGUUUCCCAAUAAAUAGAUGUGUAGUUCUCGCAACUGAUCAUUAUGCUUGUACAGUAUUACGGACGAUGUAAUUACAUAGCAGUUGUCACUGUUCAAAAUAAAUUAUUGAAAACAUA